GAGCAAAACAAAAACGAAAAUCCGCUCCGCUUCAGUUUGUUUGCGAUCGUCGGUGUCGGACAACACGAGUUGCAUGCGACCGCGUUUUCAAAAUUAUUUUCCUGUUCAGGUCCAAAAGUGAUUCGUUGGAAUUUGUCGAAAUAAGAUCGAAAUGGACGGAAUAAACCUUUACAACCAGGCGUACCACGAGGCCUUGAUCAACAACGAACGCGAAACUGACCGGUGGAAUUCUUACCGAGCGGAACACGAAGAGCUCAAAGCGAACUUGAAGAUGUACGGCGAGCAGCUGAAAGUUGAUAUCUUGAUUCCGGUUGGGUCGAAAGCGUUAAUACCGGGGCAGUUGUACCACACCGGGGAAGUGAUGGCAAGCCACGGAUCCGGUUACUUCUCGGACUGCUCGAUCGAGCAAGCGAAUCGCAUUAUCGACCAUCGGAUUUCCGCUGCAAACGAGGUACUGCGGAAAUACGAGAAGGAAAGGGAGCUAUUUAUGAACAAGGUGGAGGUGCCGUUCGCGGAGGAUGCCUUCAGUGGCAAAGAAAUCAUCGAAGAGUACGAUGAGGCACGGGAGGAAGUGUGGCGACGGGAGCACCGGAUACGCUCCAGAGAGUCCAAGCUACGCGAAGCUGAUGAACGGAGUAUGGGUACCGUAUCGGAAUCGGAUCAAGCUCUGAUGGAUCGCUUGGAAGAGCUGGAACUGAUGGAGGAGUUGGAACAAGAAAUGGACAAUCUGGAGAUUCCGGUAGAAACCGACGAACAAUUGCGAAAACUAAUGAGUGGAGAUCUUAAGUUACCUACUAAGCAAAGAGUUGCUCAUGGAACAGCCGAAAAUGCUGUAGUAAAGCUACCAAAGGAUGUAUCUGGAAAGGCUGUUGAGGAAAUUGAUUCCGAGCAAGUUGAAAUUGAGACCACCGACGAAGAGGAGGGAAGUUCGUAUGAGACAGAUGAGGAAGAUUCAUCGGCUGAAUUCUUGAAACUCCUGCAAGACACAAAAGCCAUGAACAAGAAAGACAAACUUCAAGCAUUCAAGAACAAACUCAACGAAAUUAGUGUCAGGCUUCAGAAGAAAAAUAUCGGCGUGGACGAAAAGGUCAGCCUGUGUGACUUAAGGUACGAAGUAGAGGAAGCUCUUGAUUUCCUCCAUCCGUCGUGGGAAAAUGAAACUGUAGAAACGAAAGACAGUUCCAACUCCAAGAAAACCAAGUCGAUCAAGUUUGCCGAAACGGACAGUGUAAAGUUUAUAGAUGAUAACGGUGAAGUUGAUACUGAAAGUGCCUGCCCGGAUGCUAACGACUCGCGCAAAACAUUGGAACUGAAAAUUGUCCACUCGCCGGAUGCCGGAUGCCCUGUAGUGCCCACCGGUGAUGACAGUUCCAUCGGUAGUCCAGUUGAUAUCUACCGUUUGUUUGAACAUUGCAUGCGCAAAGUCGAACCUUGUGCGUCGCCGUCGGUGGGGAAGAAAUCGAUUCUCAAAAACCGCGAAAUGGUCCUAGAGGAAACCCAUCUGACCGAUCCGCAGCCUAUCGUUAGGAAACCUCGCGAAAAGCCAGAGGUUGCUUCAGUUGAUAUUAUUGGUGACGUAGUGGAACAUAAGCCUGAAAGUGUUGCUCCACUAGUGUCGGCGAAUGUGGGGCAAAAGAAAGUCAGUCGAUUUAGGCAGCAAAGGCAGUAAAUUUCUUCCGCAUUAAGAACACGAUACAUCGAAACAAACUGGUAUAUGUCGCGGAUGUAGGAAGAAUACGAGCACACAAUACUGAUUUUAACGCGUUGGUUUACGGUAAAUAUUGCACUUGUUUGUCACUUUGCUUUCUAGGUAAGCAUUAAUGCACAUUUUCAACGCUGUUCCAACUAUCUUCGCUUCGCAUAAGUAGAGCGCAUACACAUAUACACGAUCCGAGUUAAUUUGGUCAAUUUCUUCAUGUUCUGGAUUUGUUCUUUGCUUUACAGAGUCUUCAAAAAACUUGUAAUUAGUAAGGGUUCUAUUCUGUUCUAAUAAAUUACAAAAUUUAAUCUCUCCUUUCAGUACAUCAAAACUCAUGGGUCAACACCCAUCUAGCCCGAUACACACCAAACAACUGACUGACUGUCUGGAUAUCUUUGAAUGGAAUUAACCAUGUUCUCUGUAUUAGUGUUUGCUGUUUGGCUGUUAUAUUCAUUCAUAUCACGAUAGGUUUACACUCUUGAGUGCGAUUGGAUAAUAUAAUUUUUAUUGAGCGUUCAUUAAACAUGUUCAAGAGAUAUGUUAUCGACAAGACUAGCCCCAGAACUGAGGAGUGCUCAUAUCAGGAAACAUCUAGGAAUACAACGUUAGCAUUUUUGUUCAAUUUUUAA